CGUCACUACUGUUUUACAGUUUAUUACGGGGAAGUUUAUCGAAGUGAGCUGCUCUGUAAAUUACAAGUUAGAUAAUCUAAUUUUUCAUUCUUAUACUUAUAGUUGUGCUGACGAGUGGUCUUAUUUCUUAAAUUGUUUAACUUGUAAUAUCUGAUAUCUAUUGUAACAGUCUGUGGUUUUAUCAUUGACAAUUUUGAUUCUUUUUUUUUUGUUGUUAUUUUUCAGUCGUUAACAGAAAUUUUAUACGCGGCAGAAACAAACGAAUUUUUCGAUUACAGUGAGUUAUGGCUGAUCAGAAUCAAAAUCAGGGAACUCCUGGAACUCCAUAUUCUAAUUGGUCUCAAUCAAUGAAUUGGUCUUAUGGGAAUUAUAAUGCUGGAUCGCAAAUGUAUAAUAUGAAUGCGUUUUAUACAGCACAGUGUUACAAUCAGCAAGGGUACCAAAAUUUUCCAAGUCAAUCUUUAAGUUUUAGUUACAAACCAUUUGUUAAUGGAAAUGAUUCGACUUCUGUUGUACAAGGAAAUGGUUUAUCUGGAAAUUCACCUCCUCUGCCUAAUGGACCAGCUCCUUCGCAACCGCCUACACCACAAUUUGAUAGUGAAGAUUUGGACAAACUUCCUCCUUUACCACCAGGUUCUCCUCCACCUGUUCCAGGAAUAUGUGAUGUACCUUUACCACCACAACCAAAUUUAUCUUCUUUACCUCCUAUGCCCCAAACAAAAAGUGGCAGAAAAAAAUGGCGGAAAAAGCAAAGGAACUUAAUGGAAGCAGCAAUGGCUAACCAAUCAACUCAAGUUGCCCCAACUAUAUAUCCGAGCAUACAUUUUGUUCCAGCUGUUCCUAUUUUACAACCCCCUCCAACUCCAAAACCAAUGGUAAGUUCUUCAUAUUCAUUUACUCCAAUAGUUCCCAGCAAUCCUCAACCACAACCAUUACCCAAACCUUCAAUGGAAAUGAUUCCAACUGUUCAAAAAAAACAAAAUGGAUUCGAUUUGCCUGAUAAUUGUCCUACGAGUUUGAGAGAUUACAUUAAAAAAUGUCAAGAUAAAUGUGUAAAUAAAAUAGACAGAGAUAGAAUGGAUAUUAUAUUAAAAGGAAAAGUUACAAAUGCAAAUCAUGAUGGAUCAUUGUGGAUCAAAGAUUGGUCCAAAGAACCAAUGCCAAUGUUGCUAAGUGAAAAUAUUACCAUUAACCAAAAUCAUGAAAAUGGCAAGAAUAAAAAUUCUAUUAUUAAAAUUGCGUUCAAAAAAUCCACAAAUAACUAUGUAAAUUGCUACUUUACUUCCAAAUUCAAAUCCUGUUUGCCAUCACCAAGUACUUCUAAUGAAUCUAAUAAUGAUACAAUUAAAAAGAAUAAUAGUCCACUACGUGAUAAUAAAAAACAAAAUAGUGAUGAUUUUAUUCCAUUAUCUGUCUGCAGCGAUGAAAGUAAUAGUAAAAAGAGUAAAUUUACAAAUAAGAAUAAAAAAUUAUAUAAUGAAGAUGCUCAUAUCUAUCAGAAAUAUGGUUCUGUUGAUUCUAAACCUAAUUAUGAUAAACAUUUGCUUACUAAACGUGCUGCACGUUUUUCAGCUCAAGGAAGUCCAAAAAAAAAGCCUCGACAAAUGCUAAAAAUGGAUUACCAUACUCAGAAAUCAUUCAUUGAUGAUGAUGAAUUUCAUAUCGAUUCUUGUCAUAUUGUAGGAACAUGUAUUGAUUUAGAAAAAAAAUAUUUAAGAUUAACUGCAGCACCGGAUGCUGAUGCUGUAAGACCUCUAAGAAUUUUGAUAAAAUCAUUACAACAUGUUAAGUCUAAAUGGAUGAGUGAUGGUGACUAUCUGUUUGCAUGCGAUCAAUUGAAGUCAAUUCGACAAGAUUUAACUGUUCAGGGUAUUAGAGAUCCAUUUACAGUUGAAGUUUAUGAAACACAUGCUAGGAUUGCUUUAGAAAAAAGUGAUAUGGGAGAAUUUAAUCAAUGUCAGACUCAAUUAUGUGAUUUAUAUGAGGAACUAAAAGAUAAUCCUUCUGCUCAAAAGCAUAGAAAUGAAUUCCUCUGUUAUAGUAUACUGUAUUGUAUAUACACAAGAGCUAUAUGUGAAUUAAACAAUAUCAUAUUGUAUAUUAAAGAGCUUGAUAUCAAAGACAAUUGUGUAGAUUUUGCAUUGAAAACCAAAGAUGCAUGGUGGUUAGGAAACCAUAUUCAGCUGUUUUCAUUAUACAAAGUUGCUCCUAAAAUGGCUCCAUACUUAAUGGAUAUGUUUCUGACUAGAGAACGCAAUAACUUCUAUUUGGCUAUUGCCAAAUCUUACCGUCCAACUAUUCCAAUCUCGACCAUUCAAGAUCAAAUGGCAUUCGUUAAGCGCGAAGAUUGUAUGGCUUUUCUUAAGGCUGCUGGUGCAGUAUUUUCUUCCAAUAACGAGAACAUCGACUGCAAAGCAAGCUGCGGUUCAACCGAAGCUUGACUUUCAGAAUGGUUUCGUUUCUAUACCUACCUAAUUGCAUAUACAUAUGUAUAUAUCUAACAUAUGAAAAGUCUUCGAUGAUUUGUCAUCAUAGAAAAGAACCACGAUGGGCCACAAAUUGUAAUUCUACUUCUAUAUAAAUCUGACUACAUCUAUAAAGUCAUUUUAAACCAAAAAUAAGUUAGGUAUGUUAGUCAUGGAGACUAGCAUAUUUUUUUGAACAAAAUUCACUCCAAUGGAUCAUUUUUUAGCCUUGUUAUGGGCUGUGCAACUUCAUUUUCCACAAAUGUUUGCCUUUUUUUUAUAUUUUAUUUUUUUUUUUUUGUUUGAUCGAUCAUCAUUGUUUUGAUCUUCAUCAUUCUAAUGGCGACAAGUUUUGAAGAAGAGACAAUUGUUUGAAAUUUUUUAUGUACACCCAAUUAUUUAUUCUGCCAUGAGUGAAUAAUAGCUAUUCAAACUCUUAUUUACCCAAGUCUAGUCACUCCAAGAAAAUUUCACACAUCUUAAAAUUGGGGAAAAUAUUCUUGUUGGAGGAUCAAAUAUACUACAUUUACUUGAAAAUAUGCAGUUGUUCAUGUACCAAAGCUUGAAUUAGGUAAGUAGGUACUUUAGUGCUGAAUUCUCUGAAAAUCGUACCUAUGGAUGUCGGAAGAAAGUGUCACAACCAUCAAAUGCAUCAUGGAUCAAUUGUAAAGUGAAGUAAUUGACUACAAUAGUGCAUUUGUUUUGUAUUUAAUGUAACUUGCACAAUGAAAAUACCUUAUUCCAAGUAUUUCUUUGUUAUAUCUAAUUUCUCAGUCCAGUUUUAUUAUAAUAACCUCACAUUGUUCUGAUAAAUGAUAAUAUAAAUUAUGGAUCUCAUUCAAGGAUAAUCUAUUGAUCUAUACAUGGCAAUUUCUGAAACAUGCUAUAUAUAAGUUCAAUUACUAAAAAUGAUAUUCCAAUAUUAUUGAAUUUUACAAAUUGAAUCAAAGUGAUUAUUCGUCAUCCAUAGAAGAUGGGCAAUAUUU